AUCACAAUGGUAUGGGUUAAUGAAUUGUUGUGUUUGUUUGAAUUGACUUAGUCUUUUAGCAAUUUUCAUAGGCUGAAAAUGACCUUGCUUUCAAGUUUUCAUCCAACAUAAUGUAUGAGAUUUAUCUAAAUUAGGCGUUCAUAUGGUGUGGUCUACACUCUACAUAUACAAAUAUACAUUAUAUGAACAAUAUCAAACUUUAUAUUUUAUGAGUCUAAAAGAAUGAAAGUUUAAUUCUUGAGUGGUUAUUCAAAGUAUUAAGUAUGUGUAGAUAUUAGAUAUAUGGCUAAUUAUUUAUCUGGUUGAUUUGGUUUGGCUGGUUAGGAGUGUCCGAAACAAAACCAAACCACCUAAACCAAAUAAGGUAAGAACUUUAACCAAACCAAACCAAUUAUCCAAAUUAACCAAACCAAAUUAUCCAAAUAGUACUGGUUAAAACGAUUACCAUGGUAACCACACCAUUUGAACACCCCUACUUUGUUUACUUUAAUCACUCUAUUUUGACUUGGAUUUUUUUUUAUCAUGAAUGAAGAUAAACUAUGAUUUAGAACAAGUUUUGCUUUAGGAUAAACACAUACUAAAGAUGUUGGCCUUCAAUUCUUUUUGAAGCUUGCAUUAUUGUUACUUUCACAACCGGUUUGUUAGUUUAAGUUGAUUUGUAUCUUUUGUCAUGCCUUGCAACAAUAUAUGAAUGGGCUUGACUUUCACAUUAUUGGGUAUGCAUGCUCAACUUGCAUUGGAAAUUUUGGGAGAUGAUUUGUGAUUAUGAUGUUGACAGUUGAUAAACAAUUACGUGGGACGAUUGGAAUUUACAAUAUAUUACUUUGUGGCCACUAAAAUUAUUGUUUUAAAUCCUAUAACUUCAAAUUCAUUGCAUAUUUUGUUUACUUUAAGCACUCUAGUUCGAUUUGGAUUUCUUAUUAUUAAUCAGGAUAAACUAUGGAUUAGAACAAGUUUAGGAUUAACACAUACUAAAUAUGUUGGCCUUCAAUUCAUUUUGAAGUUUGCAUUAUUAUUACUUUCACAGCCGGUUUCUAAGUUUAGUUUGCUUUGUAUCUUUUUCUUUCAUUGUUAAGGAUCAUGAUGUUGGUAUUAGGGGGAGCAACUCUAAUGUUCAAUUAUGUGGACUUUUUAAGUAGUGAAACUUUCUCUUCUUUGAAAUUUUGUACUUAUUGUUCAUUUGUAUUUCUUUUUUUUUUUUCUUAUUAUAUUGCUAGCAUGAAACUUUCUCUUCUUUGAAAUUUUGUACUUAUUGUUCAUUUUUAUUUCUUUUUUUUUCUUAUUAUAUUGCUAGCACGAUUAUUUUCAUAAAUUGUGGGUAAAUUUUUCCGGCCAAGGGCCGGGUUCGGUGCUAGUUCAUUAUUAGGUUAACGUGAUUGGAGAGCCACCGGCCUCUUACCUGACGAAUACAUGUAUGUGUUCUUCUUUGUUUCUUGUGGUCACUUCUCAUCCUAAUCUCAUUUGGUCCAAGUCGACGACCAUACCUUCCGCCAUUGACAAAGACCCGUUCGAAUUCAAUGGCCCUUCAAUGUUUCCAGAACUCACUUCAAGUCUCUUCGCAGGGUCAUCAAAACUUUGCUGGGGCAUGCAGCAAUGGGUGCUUGUGGUGUAUAUGCAUGCACCCAACGAUUAAUAAUAUCAUAUAUAUAAGUAUCUGUAUCGGGAUAAUAUAAGCCUUUUUGAUACAUAAAAUAUAAAGAUUUAGGGUUAAUUGCACUAGAUAUAUUGAUUUCGUUACAUGCUAAUCACUUAAAUUUUUUAGUUACAACUAAACCAUACAAGUCGACUUCGGUUGGACCGUUAUAUUUUCCAUCCUUCAACAUAAUGGCAGGUAUAAAAAUGAAUUUUCUACCUCAAUUUACACAAUUCCAUUUUCCCUCCAUUCUUCCAACUUCAUUUCGCGGUAUUACUAGAAGUGCUCUUGUUUAAUUAUCUUAUGUCCUUCUUUAUUUUUUCUUCAAAAUUUAAAAUUGUUCACUACAAAAAAAAAACCAACCUAUGGAGGCAAAUAAUUAGAGGCAAUUGUUGUAGUGGUCUCUAUAGGUGUCAAAACAUAGCCCGACCCGAUUAACCCACCCGAUCAACCCGACCCGCAACCCGACCGCAACCCUAAUUGACUAAAAGUCAACAACCCGUAACCCGCCCGACCCGCAACCCGAUUGACCCGUAACCCAGCUAACCCGCAACCCGACUGACCCGCAACCCGAUUAACCCGAACCCGAUUGACCCGCAACCCGACUGACCCUCAACCCAAUUAGCCCGAACCCGAUUGACCCGAACCCAACUAACCCGUAACCCGACCGACUCAACCCAAAUUUCAUAUAAUCCACUUGAAUAAUUAUAAAAAUAUACAAUACAUAGUUUUUCAAAAUAAAGUUUUUCAUUCUAAACUUAAGUAAAAUUAUUUUUUCAUUUCGUAUAAGAAAUUUAAUAAAUAUGAAACUCACUUGAUAUUACGUAUGUUAAGAAAAUUACCAAAAUUGAAACAUGAAGGUCACUUGAGAUCAUGACAAUAUUAAUAUAAUAUAUAAAUUAAAAUUUUGGUUAAUUUAACUAUUCAAUAAAAUUAUCAAUUAAAUAUAAAUAAAGUAAAGUAAUGUAUUUGGUAAUUUGAUGUUUUUAAAAGAAGACGAAAAUUUUGGUGUAUUCAAGUUUUUGGGAAGAGAAAGAAGAGGGAAAUUCAGUUCUUUGAAUUUUUUAGAAAAGAAACAAGUGGGAAUUUUUGUGGUUUUGAUAUGUGGGAAGAGAAAGAAGUGGGAAAGUUUGAUUUUUUUGAUUAUGAAAGAGAAAUAAGGAGGGAAACUUUUGACUUUUCAACUUUUUGUAGAAACAAAGAAGAGGGUAAUUUGUUUCUUUCAAUUUUAUGGAAGAGAAAGAAGAGGGAAAAUUGAGUUUUUCUAAUGUAUGGAAGGAGAAAGAAGGAGGGAAAUUUUAGUAUUUUGUGAAAAGAAAGAAGGAAACAAAUUUGGUGUUUUCAAUUUUUUGGUUUUUCAUAAUUUUAGCUUUUCAAAUAUGAAUCUUUAACUUUUAUAUGGAGGGCAUGACUAGUUAAAAUUAUUCUUAUAUGCUUUGAAGGCUAAUAUGUAUAUAUGUAUGUAAUUCUUUAUGGGCUAAUAAAUGAAUUAACCAUUAGUUACAACAAUUUAUACUAAACUUGAUAAGUAAUCUUUGACGAUUCGUUGUUUAGGAUAUAAAGUAUAUGGUUAGGGUAUAAGGUAUAAGGUACAUAUGGUUUAGGGUGUAUAUGGUUAGGGUAUAAGAUAUUGAUGGUUUUGACGGUUCAAAGUUUUUUAUUAACAUAUGUUCACUUGAAGUCAUUUGAAGUCUUUAACGGCAGGAGAUCCCUUUUUAAUUUAUGUUUAUGGUACGUGGUUAGGAUACAAGGUAUGUGGUGUAAAGUAUAGGAUAUAUGGUUAGGGUAUAACAAUUAGCAAAUAUCACUUUUUAUCUAUGUUUUGAAAAUCAAAGUAUGAAUUUCACUUUUAAAUUAACUAUAUUAGCAAAAUCACAACUCAAGGACAUAUGAUUAUGGUAUAGGUUAUGUGGUUAGUGUAUAAUGUAUUGAUGGUUUAGGGUAUACAAUCAACAACAUAUACUAACUUAAUAUUGUUGAUUGAGGGUAAGGCUAAGUGUAUAGGAUAUAUGCUAUUAAGUAAGUUAUGAUUGAAGUGACAAUAAUUUUACUAAAUUUGAUAGCUAAACUUUAAUGGUUUAAUUUUUAGGAUAAUUCGAACAAUUUUACAAAUAACUCGUUUGGCAACAGUUUACUGAAGUUAUUUGGGCAAUGAGUUAUUUUGAAAUAACUCCUUUUAUCACUAUGCUUUUGUCAAUUACCACACGUCAAAUACCAGAUUUGCAUGGUUAUACUAAACGAGAUACUUUAAUUUAAUUACUAUUGAUUAAUACUAAAAUAUCAAAUAAACAAUUAACGGUGUCUUUUGGUUGCAAAUAUUGAUAUCACCAUUACUAUUAGCUAUAAUACUUUACCAAUUAUGAUUAAUUACAUAACAAGUUUGCAAGUCAUACAAAUUGAUUAAAAAGUUUGACUAGUUUUUUUCAAAAAAAUAAAGUAUAUAUAUACGAGGUAAAAAUAAAUUGGUUAAAAAGUUGAGAAAAUAUUUUAAAUUAGUGUAAUAAAAUGUGUAAGUUGGUAAUGAGUAAUGAGUUAAGUUACUUGAUGCGCUGGCCCGAACAACCCGAAACCCGACCAGCCCGCAACCCGCCCGACCCAAAACCCGAUGAACCCGCAACUCGAUUUGCCCGCAACCCAAUUGAACCCGAACCCGAUGAACCCGCAACCCGACUAACCCGCAACCCUUUUGAACCCGAACCUGAUGAACCCGAACCCGAUGAACCCACAACCCGACUAACCCGCAACCCGUUUGAACCCGAACCUGAUUGAACCCAGCCCGAACCCGCCCGAUUGACACCUAUAGUGGUCUCUAUAGCUAAGCUUUAGCGCCAAAUAUAUUAUUUGUCUCGCUAGGUGAAAUUAUUUUGUCUCUACAUGUAAAUAUAAUAGUCUUUAUAGAGACAAAUUUAAUAGUUUUAGAUGCAAAAUAUAAAUGCUACUUAUACAUAUACAGUAUAGAUGCAAAUCUAACAAUAUUUAGAGACAAAUAAAAAUGUCUCUUAUAAUUAUGUCAUAUUGGAGACAGAUCUAAUAAUUUUUAGAGACAAAUAUAAAUCUAACUUAUAGUUAUAUCAUAGGAAGACAGUUUUAAUAGUUUUAGAGACAAAUAUAAAUAUGACUUAUACCCAUAUCAUAUAUUUACUAUUUAGAGACAAAUAAAUAUGCUUCUAAAACACUAAUUUGAAUUGGUUGUGUUGUGUAGGUUUAAGUAAUUUGAAUUUGAAUUGAUGUGGCCCAAAGUUUCUCCAUUCCACCCAAAAAAAUUUUCUCUUAAUUAUUUAGUUGUUAAAAAAAUAAAUUUAAGAAGUUUUAUUUGUAAUAGGUGUCCCUGACCAAUUUUAUUAUCCUUAAAUAACGCUCAUUUUGUUUAAACUUUUUGGGUCUAAUUGAAUUAGAAUUUUGGCUUCCAUCCAAUAAAAAAACUAUUUAAAC